AUGAAGCUGAAAGCGUCUCUGCUGCUCAGGCUUCAGACUCUCAGUCGUCACUCAGACAUGAAGACUGCGUCCGUCUGUCUGCUCCGGGGUGUGUGUGUGCUGCUGCUGUCUGCACCGACUGUUUCUGCAGUGUCUCUGUCUGUCAGUCCAAACCUUCAGCAGGUCUUCAGUGGAUCUUCAGUGUCUCUGAGUUGUGUUGAUGAUGGACAGACAGCUGAUGGAUGGACAGUGAAGAUGACCAGCGGAGGACCCACUGAGGACUGUGGAGCAGCUGAGAUGAGUGGAAGUUUGUGCGUUUUGGAUCGUAACUCGUCCUACGGUGGAACCUUCUGGUGUGAAAGCUCAUCUGGACAGCAGAGCGAUGAAGUGUCCAUCAGUGUUUCAGAAAAAGGUGUGAUCCUGGAGAUCCCUGCACUUCCUGUGAGACCAGGAAGUGAUGUUACUCUGCAAUGCAAGAAGAAGAGUGGUGAAACAGUUCCAUCUUUUUUCUUCAUGAAUGGACGUCUUCUUGGGUCUAAAGCAGAACACGUUAUCCCUAAUGUCAGGCACUCUGAUGAAGGUCUCUACUGGUGCGCUUCUAACACAUUUGGAUCAUCUCCUCAGAGCUUUCUGAGGGUCCGAGGGUCUCCUAUAACUACUCUCAGAAAGUCCGUCCCUCCACCUCCAGUUUCUGAGGCCAGUUCUUCUCUGUCCACUCUUCCUCCUCUCACCAACUCUUCCUCCCCUUCUUCUCCCUCUGUGUCUUGGAUCAGAGUCGUCUGCCACCUGUUGGCCUUCUGCCCGUCCUGCAUCUGCACCAUCCUGCUCCUGUCCAUCUGCUGCAGCAGGAGCUCAGGUAACAAACAUGCUGUCUCCAUGGAGAUGCCAUUGGAUGUUGACGAGCAUGAUGACACCACUGAGCAUUAUGUUUGAGCGGACGGAUCCUCUGAUAGAAUUAAAUGUUUCUAAAGCUGAAAACUCUGAAGUCCUCACUCUGAGUUUCUCAAUCAGAACCUGAUCUGUUCACUGAUCGAUCAAUAACCCUCAAAUUACUGAUGAAUUACUGAAUUAUUGGAUGAAAGCUUUGUUUGACAUUGUUAGCAUCUUCAAACAUUGAAAUCUCUGUGCACCUCUCUCAAGUUAUUUACUGCAUUUCAUUUAUUUACCACUGAUUCCCAACCUUUGGGAGCCACGGCACAUAUUUCACAUUGGAAAAAUCACACCACCAACAAAAAUAUCACAGAAAGUAUAUUGAUAGUUUUUCCCUGCACACCAGGCUCGGUUUGUCCCCAGUGUACCUGUUUUACUUUCUUCUGACCACUACUCCUGCUAGGACCUUCAUCUGCAUCUGAGUUUUCUCCAGAACCAGGUCCGAUUGUUUUACUGCCAGUUGGCAACUCAUUUAAAUAGAGCUGGUAGUUGUACUGCCCUCUAGUGGAAGAGAAUGUAAUUGUUCCACCCGUUACUCGAUUACUUCGAGGACUAAUCAGGUGGAACCAGAUAAUCGUCCACGGCACACCUGAUCAUUUCUCAGGGCACACUGGGAUAUAUGGUAUCAAACACUGGGAGCGUUCACCGGCGUUUUACAGAAUGAUGGUGAAAGAAACGGUUGAUGCACUUUGAGUUCUUCAGCUUUGUUAAGGUUUUAUUUUAAUCAGCAGGAGAAAAAAAGCCAUGUAGUUUUAGGAGAU